CCUGAAGACCAGCCGCAACCGGAUUGGCUGGCAGUGGGGGUGGAGUAGCGGGUGGACAAGGAGGACUGCCAUGGCCGCAGCUGCACGCGCUCGAGUGACACACUUGCUGAGGCACCUGCAAAGCACAGCAUGCCAGUGUCCAACUCAUUCUCAUACCUACUCCCAAGCCCCUGGACUCUCACCUUCAGGAAAAACAACGGAUUAUGCAUUUGAGAUGGCGGUCUCGAACAUUAGAUAUGGAGCAGGGGUUACAAAGGAAGUGGGCAUGGAUCUACAGAAUAUGGGAGCUAAGAAUGUCUGCUUGAUGACAGACAAGAACCUCUCCCAGCUCCCUCCUGUCCAAAUAGUUAUGGAUUCCCUAUCGAAGAAUGGCAUCAGUUUUCAGGUUUAUGACAACGUGAGGGUGGAGCCUACGGACGGAAGCUUCAUGGAUGCAAUUGAAUUUGCCAAAAAGGGAGCCUUUGAUGCCUAUGUUGCUGUGGGUGGGGGCUCCACCAUGGACACCUGUAAAGCCGCUAACCUGUACGCAUGCAGCCCUCACUCUGAGUUCCUUGAUUAUGUCAAUGCCCCCAUUGGGAAGGGGAAGCCAGUAACUGUGCCUCUUAAACCUCUGAUCGCAGUUCCAACUACCUCGGGGACUGGCAGUGAGACUACCGGGGUCGCCAUUUUUGACUAUGAACAUUUGAAAGUAAAAACUGGAAUUGCUUCACGGGCCAUCAAACCCACCCUGGGGCUGGUUGAUCCCCUGCAUACUCUCCACAUGCCUUGCCAGGUGGUUGCCAACAGUGGCUUCGAUGUCCUUUGCCAUGCUCUGGAGUCAUACACCGCCAUUCCCUACAGCAUGAGGAGCCCCUGCCCUUCCAAUCCCAUCCAACGACCAGCAUACCAGGGUAGCAACCCAAUCAGUGACAUCUGGGCAGUCCAUGCACUGCGCAUCGUUGCCAAAUAUCUGAAGAGGGCUGUCAGAAACCCUGAUGAUCUGGAAGCAAGGUCUAGCAUGCACUUGGCAAGCGCCUUCGCUGGCAUUGGCUUCGGAAACGCCGGUGUUCAUCUGUGCCAUGGCAUGUCUUACCCAAUUUCAGGUUUAGUGAAGACAUACAAAGCCAAGGAGUACAAUGUGGAUCACCCUCUGGUGCCCCAUGGCCUCUCUGUGGUGCUCACCUCUCCCGCAGUGUUCACCUUCACAGCCCAGAUGUUUCCAGAGCGGCACCUGGAGACGGCAGAAAUAUUAGGAGCCAACAUUCGCACCGCCAAGAUCCAAGAUGCCGGGCCUGUGUUGGCAGAUGCCCUCCGAAAAUUCCUAUUUGACCUAAAUGUUGAUGACGGUCUCGCUGCCCUUGGUUAUUCUAAGGAUGACAUUCCUUCACUGGUGAAAGGAACACUGCCCCAGGAAAGGGUCACGAAGCUUGCGCCGCGUGCCCAGUCAGAGGAAGAUUUGUCAGCUUUGUUCGAAGCAUCAAUGAAACUGUACUAAUUAACAGAUUAAUGAAAAGAAUCGCCAUCGGCCCUUACAACGGAAGCUACGAGAGCAGAAGUUGGUCAGGGCUGGCCUUUGCCAUCCUAUCUCCACACUUAAUUCCAUUGUUACUGACUUGAACGUGACGUGAUUUUAUCCUUCGGGGGAUUCCUUGGUGCUCAUUAUGUAAGACCCAUGGGCCAUACCCCAGGAGUCAGUGUCCCUGCACCAAACCCCAUCAAAUACAGAAAUAUGCCUCUGUCCAGACACUGCAUGUCUAGAAAUUCACCCUGAAGAAAUAUUAGCAUUAGUAUGCAAAAAACAUGACAAGGGUGUAUCUGACAGUAUGGGUAGCAAAAAUUAAAACAAUCUAAAUGUUCUUUCCUAAAUGAAUCCUAAUAUAGUCAUUAAUAGAAUACUGUGGUGUUGUUAAUAAAGAUGAAGCCAAACUCUUGAAAA